ACCGACUGACAGUUCCCGUUCUUCUUCGCCAUCUGUUAUCGCCGCCCACGAUGUACAGGCGUUCUCUUCUCUUCCCUCGCCGUCGAAGGAAGCCGCGAAAAGCGGGGGUACGGGCCCCCGAUCGAUUGACCAAUUUGCCAUUGUUACCGCGGCUAAAAAUCCUGUCCAGCUUGCCGAUCGACGAGGCGGUUCGAACAGGGGUGCUCUCGCGGAGAUGGAGAAAUCUGUGGAAAUAUAUGGACGACAUUACAGUGACUUACCCUUCCAAGAAGCUCUGGAAAUGCUUCGAUGAUUUGGAAUUGGACGGGUACGAGUCGGAAGAAGCAACUGAUGAGUGGGUAUAUCAAAACAUGAAGGCAGCAGGCAAUAUGCUGCGACAAUUACGAAACCGUCAUAUCAAGAAACUGACGUUGCACUGCGAACACGAUCCUCCUGUAGAGUUCGCGUAUCAAUGGGUAAAAUUUGCUUUCUCCCGGAAAGUCAAAGUUCUAGUAUUGAAAUUUUUAGGAAUUAAUUACAGUGCCCCGGAUUGGUUCGGCAAGAACUCCUCUCUCGAGGAUAUGUCGGUACGGGGCUGUUUCUUUUUCGAAAUUGAUGGUGAGGUUCGUUGGACUUUAUUAAAGAGGCUGUCUCUUAGGUUUUUGCGUAUUUCAGACGGGGAGAUGUCGAAGAUCUUAGAUGGUUGUCCUCUUUUGGAGGAUUUGAUUUUGCGCAAUGUUAAUAAUUUGAAGACACUUUCUGUUGCCUGUCCAAGUGUGAAGAAUUUGAUGAUUAUGAAUGAAAAUAGCGAUAUUGAAACUGAUUUGAAUGAGAUCACUGCUCCCUGGGUUCAAUCUUUGAAAAUUGAUGAAGUCUUGACGGAGAAUGCUCUUCAACUGAAGAGUUUAUCAUCUCUACGCAAGGCACAUAUUAAUAUAGUGUAUAAAGGGAAAAAUGAUAAUUUCGAUUGGUUUGUCAAACGCGGCUCUGAAGUUCUUGAAGGUGUUGUUCUGAUUGAACAACUUUCACUGAGGGGCGAUAUUGUAAAGUUCUUGUCUGUUAUGAAAAUAUGGAAAAUACCUUGCGGCUUCUUGCUUAGUUUGACGCAUUUGACACUUGGCGUAUAUGGUUGUUUGCAUGAGGUACCUGGAAUAAUGUAUGUACUCCAACAUGCACCUUGCCUGAAGACAUUGAUUUUCAAAACAGGAUAUCUUCAGGUCUGGAGUCCGUCCGAAUGGGAGGAUCAAGUCUGCAGAUGGGCCAUAAGUACCAUCAAAGACAGAGUCGCUUACAUGAAGGAUCAAAUCCUGAAUUUAGGGUGUUUGAAAAAUAUAAAGAUUCUGCACGCAGGGUGUUCUCACAGACAGACUGCUGGGCGACUUGCUUUUGAUGUGGCAAUUUAUAUCCUGAAGCAUGUGACGGCUUUGGAAGAGUUUGUGCUGGCGUUGCCGGAGAAUGAUAAUCCAUGUUGCAUGCAAUGCUUGGCAGGAAGCAAUAAUGUUUGCGGUUAUUUGGAGUCUCUGAAUCAGAAGUUGUAUAACCAGUUGGGGGAUCGGUUCAAAUCCGAUGAAUGGGAAGCAAGCAUAGCUGGAUCUUGUUUGCGGAUUGUGUCCCGCAGGUGAGUCUCUCUGAUAUGUCCUUCUUGAACAUGAACUUGUUAGUUGACCGCACAUUGGUACUAUUCAUUUGCUUGUAAAUACUGAUAUUUUGGUUUGAUUGAUGAAAUGACAUUUUAAUACGUA